CUAAAACAGGGUACAUGACUUGAGGCGGGGGCAAACCACUGAUAGAUCCCCACCACAUUAAUUAGGUUUUGGUUUGCAUUUUUGUGUUGUAUAGGAUUCUUCGAUAAGGAAGGUGAUAAUGUAAAAUGUGUAUCAUGACCACUUCGAAAGGCGGCUUAAAGUUCUACAUAAAGGGAAAAUUUUCAAAGGGAAUUUGGUUUUACUCGACAAUGUGGAAAUGGCUAGAUUUAGAAAUAAUAUAGAAUUUACCACCAGGACCAUAAAACAUGAGAGGUUAUCUAAUUUGUCCUGCAUGCCUGGAAAAGUGCUGCAGCCUUUACUACUUAAAGGAGCAAAACUUACAGCAUAGAAUUGAUUCAUCUGAGGAUAUAUGAUUGUUCUUCCUCUAUGUCAGCUAUUCCCCCCGUCUUAUGCGUAUGCGCGCCAGGCUCUUCGAAUUAAUGGUUCCAUAUAUGUCUUAGGUUAUCUAUCACAUAUUCCCGUAGUGGCAAGUGUAGCUAGCAUACUAAUCCGGUGUGUUGCGUAAAGCCAUACACCCAGGCAUCGGUUUAUAAUA